UCAAAACAUUUUGACGUUGACUUAAUUGAUAUCUAUAAAUCGGGUGUCUCUCUUUUGAAUUCACACUGAGAAUACACAAAACAAAUGCGCUUUUUGGCCAUACUAUCAACGAAAUAAUACAACAGGUGUGAGAAAAUAAAUAAGAUAACAGUAAGAUUAAAGUGGAGCAACGAAAGAAAGAAAAACAUUUGCAAUAAAACACCUAUCGAGUCGUAUAGAAAGUCGUGUUGUGUAUUUUGUGAAUUUCUUUUUUUUUGGGUUGCCGAAAAAUGUCAUCACGUAAAAGAAGUGGUUCGGGUUCAAAGAGGCCAAAAGAAAAGGUGGUUUACAUAUAUGAGAUGAUUUUUCGUACGGACUUCAAGGAUCCGACCAAAACGAAUCCCGAAUUUUGGCAUGAAUUUUUUCUGCUGCAGCCAAACGUCGACAUUUUGGAAAAUGAAAUAACAAAAUUGUCGUGCGAACAAUUGAUUGCGUUGAAAGGCAAUAUUAAUUCGCUGUUUUGCCGUUGCAUCGAAAUGUUGGACUCAGAUCAUCCGAAGCGCGUUUGUAAUAGUUUGCAAACCUUAUGUGCCCUCUUUUAUGCGGUUUUCAAGUGGCAUGCCACUGAAACUAGCUUUGAUGUGAUUAGCACCAUAUUCGAUUUUGACGAAGUUGAAGAUCGAAUGAAGACAUUGAUUACAAAAUGCAACAAUCUUAUGAUAUCGGAUGUUGCCGAAACACCGCGUCUCAUGUGCUUGAAAUUGCUUUUGGUAUUAGUCACCGGUUGUAAUAAUGUUAGUCAAAAUAUUUUACUGGAAUAUAUAAUGAUAAACAAUCAAUUGUUUGAUUCGUGUGUACGUUUGUUGUCCGAUCCGACGCUUCGUCAAAUGCACGGACAUGAUGUUGUCAUUCUGUUGACGCUACUCGUUAACUAUCGCAAAAAUGAAAGCGCCAAUCCAUACAUCGUUCAAUUAUCGAUUCUUGCUGAUGAACUUGCACUCAAUGGCUAUGGUCAAAUGAUUUCGACGUCUCUUAUUGAUUUUUGCCGUCAGUAUACGCAGAAUCUGACUGAAAUGCAUUCAUCAUCUUGGCUAUCGUCAUUGUCAAAUAUAGUGGGAAAUAUGUUUGUAUCGGAUGAAGACUGUGAUCGUGUGCAACAAAUUCGGGCAAAUAAUGCACUUUUGUUGGCUCUGUACGAAGCCGUUCAUUUGAAUCGAAAUUUCAUCACAACCCUAUCGCAUACACACGAAACAUCGAGUCCCCCGUCACCAAGCAAUACAUUAAAUGCAAACCAACCGGUACCCGACUUGGCGUCAGCGCCAGCAACACCAACUGCACUCGAUGUCGCAUCACAAUAUCCAACCAAUUUACUGGUUGCAAUGUUUCAAUAUUGUUCAAUCGUGAUGCAAGACAAUAAAAAUGAAUCAAGUGCAGCCAAUUUGAAGCUAUGCUUCCUCAUAUUAACAUGCAUUUCAGAGGAUCAAUAUGCCAAUUCCAUGAUGCAUGAUAGUAAUUUAACCUACAAAGUACUCUUGCAUCGUGCACCGAUGCGACAUAGAAAAUUGCCGCAAGAUCGUCUGUCACGGUCACAACCAUUGGCUGCCAUUCUCUUGGAUUUGCUGCUGGAAUUUAUUGUGUCACAUUUAAUGAAAAAAUUUCCAAUCGAAUUGUAUUUGUUAUCAGUUGGCGUGAUUCAUCGCAUUUUAUGCUAUCAGAAACGAUAUCGUGUGCGUUUAAUUUAUCCGUGGAAGGAUAUGUGGGCGGCGCUUAUAAGUUUGCUAAAAUUUUUAGUCAAUCAGGAGCCAAAUUUGAUAAAGAAAUGCAACAUAUUCCAUUUAGCCAUUCAAAUCAUCAACAUUUUUAACCUUUUUAUUACAUACGGCGACACAUUUCUAGCCACAACAAACAGCUACGAUGAACUAUACUAUGAACUGAAUCGCGAAGAGAAAGCAUUUACUGAACUUCAUGCUAUGGUGCUUCGAUUUUCAUUGAUGCCAGACUGCGAAUACAAGGACGAUGUACUGAAACUAAUGAGUUCAUUGGUCAACAUCUUGGCAAUUGUAAAACAUUUCCAAAACAAAAUCAAAGACUGGCUAGCAUGCCAAGGCCUAUCGACGCCAACGGAGGAGCAAGUUCUCGAAGUGGUUCGUAAAAAUUACGAUUUAACAUUAAAACUACAAGAUUCACUUGAUCAUUAUGAGCGAUAUAAUGAGCGGCCAAAACAUGUUCAAUUCUUCACAAGUAUGGUGCGUGAUGUUGUAAUUGACACACGAAAAAGCGUCUAUGUGUCUAUUAAAGAAGUACAACAUACACCACAACAAGAUUUAAUUUGCACAUCAGCAUCUUCACCGUCUACCGUUCUAAUGAACACAUCGAACACAAUUAGCGCGAAUAAUAGCACCAGCACAACACCAAUCUCAUCGAUAGCGCCUGUUUAAGACUCCAAACGUUAACAUUGAUUUUAUAUUUGAACAAAGAAAAACAAUCAUGCAAAAAAAAUAAUAUAUUAUAAUGACCAAAAGCAUUCAUUUUUAUAACUUUAAAAAUUGUGAAUUGAAUUUUCUUUUUAUGUUGUGUAUCGUAAGAAAGCUUAAUUGACCAUUCAGAGCGAGAGAAAAAAGAGAAAAAUAACUGUCAUGUUUUAUGUUGUGUUUAACACUCAUUUCGGAAAUAAAUAAAUUUAAAUUCGAAA